AGCAGGUGUGUCAGAUAUAUAUCAGUGGCAGCACUGAUCUCCUGGAUCAUUGCAGGCAUUGAUCUCCGGCUUGAAAGGCAGCCAUGGACAGGAAAAGAGCGGCCCUUAUUGCCUUUUCUCUGCUAGCGACUCUGGGAAUUUCAGGAGCCAAAGUUGAGGAGGAGAACCCUGAGUUCUGGAGGUCAAAGGCCAAACAGACCUUACAGUCCAUCCUGGACAGGAAGCUGAACACCAAUGUUGCCAAGAAUGUUGUGCUCUUCCUUGGGGAUGGAAUGGGAAUGACAACGUUCACCGCAGCUCGUAUCCUGAAGGGUCAGCUGCAGAACCAGAGCGGAGAGGAGACAGUGAUGACCAUGGACACCUUCCCACACGUGGGGCUGGCUAAGACCUACAGCGUAGACUUCCAGAUCCCAGACAGCGCAGCCACGGCCACGGCGUAUCUCUGUGGGGUAAAAACCAACCUGAACACCGUUGGAGUCAGUGCAGCGGCUCGUAACGGAAUCUGCAAAUCGCAGAAGAGAAAUGAAGUCACCUCUAUCAUGAAAUGGGCUAAAGACGCCGGUAAGUCUGUGGGUGUAGUAACGACCACGCGGGUGCAGCACGCCACCCCUGCAGCCACCUACGCCCACAGCGCCAGCAGGUCGUGGUACAGCGAUGCAGACAUGCCAGAUGCAGCCAUAGAGGAAAACUGCACUGACAUAGCAUCCCAGCUGAUCCAAAACAUCGAUAUUGAUGUGAUCAUUGGUGGAGGCAGGAAGUACAUGACUCCCAGGUUCACCAAGGACCCAGAGUACCCCUCAGAUUUAUCUGCAUGGGGCACAAGGAAAGACGGACGAAACUUAAUCCAGGAGUGGCAGAGCAUGAAAACAGGAAAGGUUGCCCGCUACGUCUGGAAUAAAACGGACUUUGAUGCUGUUGACCCUGAAGCCACAGACUAUCUGAUGGCUCUGUUUGAACCCGGGGAUCUGCGUUACGAGAAGGAGCGGGACCCAAGCAAGGACCCGUCCAUCGCUGAGACCACAGAAAAAGCCAUUCGGAUCCUUCAGAAAAACCCCAACGGCUUCUUCCUGCUAGUGGAGGGGGGGAGGAUCGACCAGGCGCACCACGCCGGCCGCGCUUACAUGGCCCUCCAUGAGGCCAUUGCUUUCGAUGACGCCAUCGCCAAGGGCCUGGAACUCACCAAGGAGGAGGAAACGCUCACCGUGGUCACGGCCGAUCACUCCCACCCUCUCACCUUCAAUGGAUUUCCUUUCAGAGGGCAAAGCAUUCUGGGUAAAUCUCCUCUGUGGGGAACAGACUUUUUACCUUACACCAUACUGAUGUACGGCAACGGACCGGGUCACAAAAUCAUCAAUGGGAAGCGCCCUGACAUCCGCAACAUCACCACCAGCACAGACCCAGACUACGUCCAGCUUUCUGCAGUCCCAGUAGACUCGACCACCCACAGCGGGGAGGAUGUGGCAGUUCUGGCCCGCGGACCCAUGGCUCACCUUUUCAGCGGGGUCCAGGAGCAAAACUACAUCGCCCACGCCAUGGGCUAUGCUGCCUGCGUGGGUGCUGACCUCAGGCAUUGCCAGGGGGAGACCAAUAAACCUGCAACCCCCGACAACGGGUCUGGGACACGUCAUACUUCAGCAGUUCUGUCUAGCAGCCUCCUCAGUUUCAUCCUGGCCUUGACACUGCUCAUGUAAGACCCCCCCCCGGCAGCCACCAGGGUAGCUUCAGGGUAUGUUUCAGCCUGCAGAGUGCUUUGAUUAAAGGAAAUAAAUGAAAUCAA